AUGAUAUCACCUCUUUACGCCAUCGGAGGACUGCUACUGGCAUACAUUGGCCUGAGCACACUACAGCUGCUUUAUAACUACAAAAAAGCCAAAUAUAUCGGCCUUCCCGUUCUCAUCACGCCAAUUGAUCCAUCUAAUGUCCCAUAUUUGCUUUGUAGCAGUUUCUUAGAGCCUUUUCUCAGAAAAGUCUUACCAUUUGGUCUUGGAAAUUUUGUGGAAUACAACAGUCGAGACUGGAAUUAUGAGCAGAUCCAUGAUCUUCAAGAACGAAUUGGCGACACCUUCAUCAUCGUCAGCCCAAAGCAGAUCCGCGUGUUCACAGGUAACGCAAAGGCUUCUGACGAUCUUUGUCGCCGACGCAGAGACUUUGUGAAAGCUGUUGCUCUCUACAAACCACUUGAGAUCUUUGGCCGCAAUGUUGUAACAACUGAAGGGGACGAUUGGGUGCGACAUAGAAGGAUCACGACACCGCCCUUCAAUGAGAGGAACAGCGCGCUUGUUUGGGACGAGUCCAAGAGGCAAGCUACCGACAUGCUCAAGAUGUGGGCAUCAAACCCGAAAGGCGUCGUGAAUCCCCAGAGCGACACUAUGGUUCUGGCCCUCCAUGUCCUCACUGCUGCUGGGUUUGGCAGAAGUUACACGUUCGGCAGCGGUUUGGAGAGUGCAUUAGAGAACCACAGUCUCACAUAUCGCGAUUCUCUCAGUCUCAUUCUCGGCAAUCUCUUCACUGCUGUGUUUACAGCGACACUCAAUCUUCCCACAUGGAUGCUGCCCUCCAAGUUCAACCAGGUUCAAGAUGCUGUGGUCAACUUUCGACAGUACAUGGCUGAGAUGGUCGCCGAAGAGCGCGAGGCUAUGGACGCCGGUGCUGAAGAACAGGACAACCUCAUGAGCAUUCUUGUACGAGCAUCUGAGAACCAGAACAAAGAGGGCAAAGCGACUCGUCAUUUGACAGACUCUGAGAUUUAUGGCAAUUUGUUCAGCUAUAACCUCGCUGGCCACGAAACAACAUCCAACACUCUUGCUUACGCGACAAUCCUCCUCGCAGCGAAUCCCGAAUGGCAGAAAUGGGCAGCGGAAGAGGUCGAUCAAGUCACGGCUGGAGUCGACUUGAAGGACCUUGACUACGAAACAUAUUAUCCCCAAUUGAAGCGCGUUCUCGCAAUCAUGCACGAAACAUUACGAUUAUUCGGCGCAGCAAGGGCAGUUCCCAAAACAACACUCGUGGACCAAACCCUCAAAGUCAACGGCACAUCAUACACAAUCCCCAGAAACACCUUCGUCGGCGUCAACCUGGCAGGCCUACACACAUCCUCCGCCUCAUGGGGCGACAACGCGCUCCAAUGGCUCCCCAGCCGCUGGAUCACGGCCGACGACAAGCUCGCUCCCAUGCCAACAGGCGCUUUCCUCCCCUGGGCGGCAGGCCCACGAGUGUGCCCCGGCAAGAAAUUCUCGCAGGUAGAGUUCGUAGCCGUCAUGGCGUGUCUCCUCAAGGACUACACCGUGGAGCCUGAUGCAGAAGGUGACCACCCCAAGGAGGCGGCGUCAAGGGCCCUCAUGGAAGAGGCGAAGCAGUCUAGUUUCAAUUUCCUGCUCAAGGUGAAGCACCCUGAGAAGAUCAAGCUGCGGUGUGUGCGCAGAGUCUAG